GUUGUUGCUGUUGCUGUGACGCAAUUUUAUCUAAUGGUUCAAUGAUUGGCGCCAACUGACGUUUUACGCGAGUCAACGAAUCCGCUUCUCCACGACGCAAUUCUGUGUACUUUUUUCGAACAUUUUCCCGGGCUUCAGUCAACAGUUUCAGCAAUGUUUCCUUAUCGGCACUCAUAUUGUAACAAAUGUGUCAAACUUGUAUCUGUAUCGGCCGUCGUCUCGCGCAAAGUCCAAACAAAUCACUGCGAAUCCGUACCGAUCCUUGUUCCAACACUCUUUGCAAAACUCUUUGAAUUCUCCAAAUUUCAUAUCGCAACACACGUAUUCAUCGUACGCGUGUCGUAGAUUAACUUCAUCCUGCCGGAACAACACCACCACAUUUGUGUUGUCACGUAACAUUUGUUUUUGUAUGCGCGACAGUGUUUGGGAGAGAAAAAAAACAUCAACUUGCCUGUGUCGUCCUCGCGCGAAAUAAUCACACAUUACAUUUUGUUUUUCCAUGACAACAUCGUCGAAUAUAAAAACCGAAUUGGGCAGGAUGUUGUCCACCGACGGUACAUCGUCGCCGUUUUCAUAGGUAAACAACUGCACUCCUUGGACGCCGCGUAAAACAUCCACGAGUAGUUGAUACUUGCACUGAUGCAACGAUUUCGAGUAAACGUAAACAUUUUCAAAUCGAAGUCCGUUGAUAUCGGUCAAUAGAGUAAACAUCAAGUUUGUUUUUCCACAAUUUGACGGUCCGCAAAUCAAUGCACGUAUUGUAUUUGGCAAUAGUUUACCGUGUUUACUAGGUGCAAUCUCACUACUUUUUUCAAAAUUCACGAUAGGUAGCGUGAGAGUCUGUUUUUUGAAACGCAUCGCACGUCAUCGAACAAUAACUGUCAAUAUGAAAAUAAUGGUUAAACAGAGACAACGUGGAAAACGAGGUGCAGGGAUAUUGAAUACUGUAAUCAACAAAUUACCAUUCGAAGCCCACAUUCCAGGUUAUCAAUUUGCGGGUCCUGGAACACGGUUAGAAAAGAGAUUAAAACGAGGUGAUAUUGGGGUGAACCCGCUUGAUGCUGCUUGCCGCAAUCACGAUAUAAUUUAUAGUAAAUACAAGAAUCUCGAAGACCGUCAUAAAGCGGACAAAGUGUUGGAACAUCAGGCUUGGGAACGAGUGUUGGCCAAAGACGCUAAAUUGCCUGAACGAGUCGCAGCUUGGAGUGUGACCAACGCGAUGAAAUUGAAACGUAAACUCGGUAUGGGUUUCAAACGAGUUGUGCAUGCGGCCAAACUCGAUAAAAAUGCCCAACAAAUGGAUUUACUGAGUGUGGCAAAACAAUCGUUGAAGGCGGCACGACGUGUGGUGAGAAAGAAAAAAAUUCCACUGCCCCGUACCAUAAACGUUCCAAAAACUAAAGGCGGUGUACUACCGCUUAUACCUAUAUUUGCCGGACUGUCGGCGUUGGGAGCUUUAGCCGGCGGUGCUGCAAAUGUGGUCAAGAUGGCUACCGAACUUAGCCGUAAAGGCAAUACAGCGAUAAGCAUGGGUAAAGGAUUUUACUUGCAACCAUACAAAUCGGGGUCUGGUUUCAAAUUGACGACGAGUACGAAAAAGAUGAUUCGAAAAAAUCAGACGAAAAAAACAAAAAACUAAUUUCGCAGCUACCCGAUCGUGCCUUGUACGAUGUUGAAAUUGCAAAUUUCGGUAGUCGAGCGUUCGACCAUAAAGUGUUUCGUGGCGUGUUUUGUCGUGACACAUUACCUAAGUCGGGACCGAAAAUGACCGAAAUGGCUGUAGUGAACUUGGAUCUUUCCACUAACCCUGGCACGCAUUGGGUAGCUUAUAGUAAACGCGGUAAACGUGUUACGUAUUUUGACAGUUUUGGUAAUUUACCACCACCGUUGGAACUGCAACGAUACUUUAAAGGAUGUACAAUCGUGCACAACUAUAGUAGAUGUCAAAACUUCGACGAGGUAAAUUGUGGUCACUUGUGUUUGGAAUUUUUAA